AUGGUGGAUUAUCAGACAGAAAAGAUUCACGAACUGAUGAAAAACACGAAGAACAUCCGAAACAUCUCAGUCAUCGCACACGUUGACCACGGAAAGAGCACCCUGACGGACUGUCUCCUGAUCAAGGCGCGAAUUGCGUCGAAGGAGGCGCAAGGUGAGCGAUACAUGGACACGAGGAAGGACGAGCAGGAGCGAGGCAUCACGAUCAAGUCGACUGCGGUGUCGAUGAGCUUCAGCGUCGAGCAGGAGAUUCUGGAGGCCUAUGCGAAGAAGGAGAGCUACGAAGGAAGGGAGUUUCUGAUCAACCUCAUCGACUCGCCUGGGCACGUCGACUUCUCGUCUGAGGUCACGGCCGCCCUUCGUGUCACGGACGGCGCCCUGGUCGUCGUCGACAGCAUCGACGGCAUCUGCGUGCAGACUGAGACGGUGCUGAGACAGGCGAUCGACGAGAAGAUAAUUCCGACCCUUGUUCUGAACAAGUUGGAUCGAGCGAUCCUCGAGCUGGGAUACGGCGAGCGGGAGCUGUACGAGGUGCUGAAGAAGCGAGUUGAGAUGUUCAAUGCCAAGAUGGAGAGCAUUCUUGGGGAACGAGACUACAUCAAGUCAAUCAGCCCUAAGGAGAACGAGAUCUCGUUUUGCUCAGGGCUUCAGGGAUGGGGAUUCACCCUAAACAAGUUUGCGAGAUUCUACCUGAAACACAAGGGAACGCACACGUUCGACAAGGAGAAGGCGUUUGCGAAGGUGCUUUGGUCUGUGAAACACUACUGCGACUUCGACGACGAAUUUGCUUCUGACUACAAGUUUGAGAAGAUUGUGGGCGGAGAGAUUCCAAAGGGGAAGAAGGCGCCAUUUGAGAUGUUUGUUCUGGGACCAAUUUACAAGGUGAAAGACUGGUGCUUUGAUGGAAAGAUUGGCGAAAUCAAGGCGUAUUUGAAGCAGUUUGGAAUUGACUUCUCAAAGGCGAACUUGGAGGCAAAGCCAAAGGGAAAGAACCUCUUUGCGGCCGUCUUCAAGGCGUGGCUGCCCGCAGCAGAGUGUCUGCUUGAGCAGAUUGUCCUGAAACUGCCAAAUCCACAUGCAGCCCAGAAUAUCAGGGCUGACUACCUCUACACCGGGCCACAGGGCGAUGAGACCCAUCAGGCAAUCAAGAACUGUGUUGGAACUGACGAUGCACCAGUCACGAUCUACAUCUCCAAAAUGGUGCCAGAUGCAUCGAAUGGAUUCGUAGCAGUUGGCCGUGUUCUAUCUGGAAACAUUAAGCCAGGAAUGAAGGUUUAUGUUCAGAAUCCAAACUACCUUCCUGAUCCAGAGAGCAAGAAGAACCCGAAUGUGACUCAGAAGACCAUUGCCAAGGUCUGCGUGAUGAUGGGGAGGUCGUCCACUGCCAUUCCAAACUGUCCAGCCGGUAACAUCGUGGGACUGGUUGGAGUAGAGGGCUUUCUGAAGAAGACUGGGACGAUUACGACCGUAAAACACGGAUACAACAUCAAAACGAUGAAGUUCUCGGUGAGUCCGGUCGUGAAGGUGGCGGUGGCACCGAAGAGGUCGCAGGAUUUGAGUCACUUCAAGGAGGGACUGGAGAAGCUGGGCAAAUCUGAUCCACUUUGUGUCAUCGAAUACAACGACAAGGGGCAGGCCACCAUCGCAUGUGCUGGUGAACUGCAUUUGGAGAUCAUUUUGCACGAUUUGGGUGAAUUCUAUGCAAAAUGCGAAUUCACCGUAGAGAAGCCACAGGUGAAGUACUACGAGGGAUUCUGUGGCGAAGUAGAGAAGCCGAUUAUGACGAAGUCAGCGAACAAGCACAACAGAAUCUACAUGACGUGUGAGCCACUGGACGAGAGGAUCAUUGCAAACGUAGAGCAGGUCAACGUGAAGGAUCCAAAGCUGAGGAAUCAGCGAUUCAGGGAGGUGCUCAACAUCGACGACGACUGGGUCAAGAAGAUCAUGUUCUUUGCACCAGAAGUGGAGCCAAUGAACAUGAUGGUCGACCACUCAAAGGGAAUUCAGUACCUGAACGAGGUGAAAGACCACAUUUACGAGGGAAUGAAACUGGGAACGAAGGAAGGGCCCCUGAUUGGGGAGCCAGUGAAAGGGUGCAGAUUCAACCUCACUGACGUGGUGUUGCACUCUGACGCAAUUCACAGGGGUGCAAACCAGAUGGUCAGGCCAGUGGAGCAGGCCAUUAGGGGACUUGUGUUGAAGGCAGUGCCAAUUUUGUAUGAGCCGAUGUUUCUCUGCACCGUCACAGUCCCAGAGGAGUUUGCAACACUCUGCGAGAGAGUCAUCACCAAAAGACGCGGAUAUGUGGACGAGUUCGAACUAGAAAACAACUACAAGACAUUUAAGGCGUUCUUGCCGGUUCAGGCGUCGUUUGGGCUGAACAAGUCACUGAGGGAGAAGUCGAGGGGAUUCAGCGUCUUCUCUCUCUCAUUCGACCACUAUGCGGAGUGUCCAGGAAGUUUGGAAGCAACUGAGUCGGUGAUGGCUAAGACCGUGGCAGAAGUACGAGAGUACAAGAAGAUCAACACGAAGCUGGAUGCUGAUUCGUAUUUUGAUACGUUAUAA